AUGGCUCCCCGCGCUACUCUGCCAUCGUGGGCCGCCGCCGCCGCCGCUCACCCCGGCGCGACUCCGGCGCGCUUCGUCUUCCUCGUGGCCUGCGCCGCGCUCCUGCUCCUUGCAACCGGCGCCACGCUUCCGGCGCUCGCCACCGCGAACCCCGCGGAUACCAUGGUGGUUGCGAGUCGACGGGCUCUGCAAGCCGCACCCGGGUCGGAUGCCGCACCAGGAUCGGAGUCCGCGCCCGGUUCAACACCCGCGCAGCCCGCGCCUGGUUCAACACCCGCGCAGCCCGCGCCCGGCUCAACGCCCGCAGUGCCCGCGCCCGGUUCAACGCCCGCGCCCGGCUCAACGCCCGCGCCCGGCUCAACGCCCGCACAGCCCGCGCCCGGCUCAACGCCCGCGCAGCCCGCGCCCGGCUCAUCGCCCGCGCCCGGAUCGAAGCCCGCGCCCGGCGGUUCAAACACCCCACCCGACUCGGACACGUAUUACGAUGACGACUACAUGCAGGAUUAUACGCUGGAAGAAGUCAUUGCUGCCGCCUCGCCGUCCGGCGCGCCGCCCGCCGGCCCUCUCAAGGCGAUGAAACUCGCAAGCACCAUAAAGUUCGCGGACGUAUCCAAGUCGUUCGACGUGCUGUAUUACCUCGCGAACGCCGCGUGCAAGUUCCCGAACGGGAAGACCAUCUUUCUGCCGACGAAUCAGGCGUGGGCCGACGCGCUCGCCGGGUACAAGAAGUCGCGCAGCAGCGGCGCGCUGUACGAGGCGUUGGACGCGGUGGCGAGCGGUAACAAGGUGAAGGAGUCGCUGGAUCGCGCGAAGCGAACGACCACGACGAAGGACCUCGCGACGCUCGCCGCCAAGGCGAAGGCGUGCAACGCGAAGACGACCAAGCCGCCGCCGAUGUCGGAAGCCGCGCGGACUGCUCUGCUGAACCUCAUGUCGUUCCACACCGCCGAACCGAAGGUUACCGUUGUGAACCUCGAUGGCCAGUGUACCCCCACUGGCUACGCCAUCAAGACCGCGUUCAACGGAAACAAUUUGAACUUCAAGUGCGACAGUAGCAACACGGGAAAGAUUUCCGGCGCCGACCCACUCGCGUCCGGGGCUGCUGCGGGUACCUCGUCUGCUGUCGCAGCUAUCCAGGAGGCCCAGAAGGAUUAUUUCUAUAUCUACCCCCCCUGCUUCCUCGCCAUAUUCGCUUACCCUCCUUCCUCUCCUUGCUCCCAUUUCUCCUCCCGCUCUCCGUUUACAGGGGCUGUUGCAACUGUCUCUCGUCUCCUCACCACCCUGCUGGUCCUCGGCGCAGCUCUUGCCUGCGCUCUCUAA